AUGGUUAAGAUCGAUGACAAUGACAAUAACAACAACCACAUUUUUUCACUUCUGGCUGCUCACAGAAAAUACUAUGUUGGUAGUGACAUGUUCUCCAUCCCCUUAGUAGCCCAGGUCGAAAGGAGGCCUGUCGAGGCCUGUCAUAUUCCCAGCUCUUGCUCCAUCCCUACUUUGAGCUGUAACUCACAAGUGCAGAACGCAGAGGAAACCUGGGGAUUCGAGACUACCUCACACUUCCGAGAGAGCCCCAGAGUCCUGGAGUGUGACAAGAGCCUCUUCUACCAUCAGACACAUUGGGUCACUAGGGAUCUACAGAGUUCAGCCCUAAAUAUUGCUGCUGACUCUCCAGUGACUAUGGAGAGCUGGUUACUUCCGAUUGGUCGGCCACAUGUAGCAUUUCCCUGGAGGAUGUGUGUUACCUCUGCAGAGCAGGGAAAUGCUGUGUGGUUGAAAGGAAGAAGUCACAUCCCUAAAGCAGACAUCAUGACAGCCUCUUUACUGGUCCUUUUGGUUCUCAGUGUUACUCUCUCAGGUUCCCCGGUGACUCUUACAGCCACUGAAGGACUCAGCUCCAUAGCCCAACAUGAAGAUGCCCUCCUCAGACAUUUGUUCCAAGGGUAUCAGAAAUGGGUCCGCCCUGUGUUGAAUUCCAGCGACACCAUCAAAGUGUAUUUUGGAUUGAAAAUAUCUCAGCUCGUGGAUGUGGAAUGGACAGACCAAAAAUUACGCUGGAAUCCUGAAGAGUAUGGUGGAAUUAAUUCAAUAAAGGUUCCAUCAGAAUCUCUCUGGCUUCCUGACAUAGUUCUCUUUGAAAAUGCUGAUGGACGUUUCGAAGGCUCCCUCAUGACCAAGGCCAUUGUGAGAUCCAGUGGAACCAUCAGUUGGACUCCUCCUGCCAGCUACAAAAGUUCCUGCACCAUGGAUGUCACCUUUUUCCCAUUUGACAGGCAGAACUGCUCAAUGAAGUUUGGAUCCUGGACUUAUGAUGGUAGCAUGGUUGACCUCAUUCUGAUCAAUGAAAAUGUUGACCGGAAAGACUUUUUUGAUAAUGGAGAGUGGGAGAUACUAAAUGCAAAGGGGAUGAAGGGCAACAGAAGAGAAGGUUUUUAUUCCUACCCGUUUGUGACCUAUUCUUUUGUUCUGAGACGCCUGCCAUUAUUUUACACCCUCUUUUUGAUAAUCCCUUGUCUGGGGCUGUCUUUUCUCACAGUCUUGGUGUUCUACUUACCUUCUGAUGAAGGGGAAAAGCUUUCACUAUCCACCUCGGUUUUGGUUUCUUUGACAGUGUUUCUUUUAGUAAUCGAAGAAAUAAUCCCAUCUUCUUCAAAAGUCAUUCCUCUCAUUGGCGAGUACCUCCUCUUCAUUAUGAUUUUCGUUACUCUGUCAAUUAUUGUCACAGUGUUCGUCAUUAACGUUCACCACAGAUCUUCUUCAACGUACCAUCCCAUGGCCCCCUGGGUGAAGAGGCUGUUUCUGCAAAAACUCCCGAGGUGGCUUUGCAUGAAGGACCCCAUGGAUCGCUUCUCUUUCCCUGAUGGAGAGGAGAAGAGAGCAGCAGUGAGGGGCAAAGUCUCAGGGAAAAAGAAACAUCCUACCAGUGAUGGAGAAAAGGUUCUGAUCACUUUCCUGGAAAGGGCAGCUGAGUCUAUCAGGUACAUCUCAAGGCAUGUGAAGAAGGAACAUUUCAUUAGCCAGGUAGUGCAAGACUGGAAAUUUGUGGCUCAAGUUCUUGACCGAAUCUUCCUGUGGCUCUUCCUGACAGUUUCAGUUUUGGGUUCCAUUCUGAUUUUCAUCCCAGCCUUGAAAAUGUGGCUGCAUCAUUCCCUCUAG